UUUCUAUUGAGUUGGGAUCUAAAAAUGGCUGAGAACAGUCCCAUAGCGUUGAAAAGAUGUGAUUCAGCCUGUGUAUCCACAGUAAACAUGGAUGCUAUCUCAGCACUGACAGAACUAGAGGACCUGGAAAGGGUCUACCAACAGCUCUGCACGCAGGAGAACGAGGUGGCGACGGAGCUAGAUAAACUGGUGGAGCAGGAAGGCAGCAUUAACAAUAAGAUGUUGGGGCUCCAGAGGAUGGGACCGAACUUGCAGCUGAUUGGAGGAGAUGCCAGCCAACUGGCUGGGAUGAUCACCUUCACCUGCAGCCUGGCGGAAAACGUCAGCAGUAAAGUCAGACAGCUCGACCUGGCAAAGACAAGGCUGUACAAGGUUAUCCAGCGGGCCGACGACAUUCUGGACCUGAAGUUCUGCACCGAUGGCGUGCAGACAGCACUUCGCAACGAGGAUUAUGAACAGGCUGCUGCCCACAUCCACCGUUACCUUUCUCUUGAUCAAUCAGUCAUUGAGCUCAGUCGGCAGGGACAAGAGAGCAGUGCCGUGGACGCCAGCCUGGCCACGUUGCAGGAGGCUGAACAGCGCCUCAAAGUCCUGGUUGCCGAGCGACUUGAUGAGGCUGUUGCCGCAGGCGACCUGGCACAGGUGGAAAGGUUCUUCAAGAUCUUCCCUUUACUGGGUCUCCAUGAACAGGGUCUGGCUCGCUUUGGACAGUACCUCUGCAGCCAGCUGGCGUCUAAGGCAGAAGAGAACCUGCAGCUGGCCCUGGGAGGAGACCUGGGGCAGAGGAGAGCUGCUCUGGUGUUUGCUGACACUCUGACUCUGCUGCUGGAGGGCAUUGCCCGUGUUGUGGAAACCCACCAGCCCAUAGUGGAGACGUACUAUGGUCCCGGCCACCUGUACACCCUUAUCACACAUCUGCAGGAGGAGUGUGAUCGGCAGGCUAAGAACAUUGUGGACAAGUUCAUUCAACAAAGGAACUACCACAAUAAGUUUCAGAUUGUCCAGAGCAGCAUGAUGAAGGGUGGUGCCAUGGAGAAGAUAGAACCCAGGGAGCUGGACCCAGUGCUGAUGGAGGUGACUUUGAUGAAUGCCAGAGCAGAGCUGUACUUGCGUUUCUUGCGUCGUCGUAUGAUGGCGGACUUUGAGGUUGGGGACGCCACAUCAACCAUCACACAGGAGCACCAGCAGAGUGUGGAGAAGCUGCUGAAACACUGUGUCCUGAGUCGCACCAUGCAGGAGCUGAUAGGCUACUACAUCCCCAUGGAGGAAUAUUACAUGAGAGAGACGGUCAAUAAGGCCGUUGCUAUGGAUACGUAUGAGAAGGGUCAGCUGACAUCCAGCAUGGUGGAUGACUGUUUCUACAUUGUGAAGAAGUGCAUCAGCAGAGCUCUGUCCAGCUCCAGCAUCGACUGUCUUUGUGCCAUGAUUAACCAUGCCACGUCCACACUGGAGGGGGACUUCAGGGAGGUGCUGUAUACCAAGCUGCGCCAGGGCUUCCCUGCCACCACCCUGCAGGACAUCCAGCGAGGGGUGAGCAGUGCGGUCAGCCUGGUGCACAGCAGCCUACAGCAGGGCAAGUUCAACACCAUGAGCAUAGAGAGCGCAGAGGUCGCUAAGGCCGCCUUCCUGGUCACUCUGAAUAACGUGGAGGUGUGCAGUGAGAACAUCAGUACCCUGAAGAGGAACCUGGAGAGUGACUGUUCGAAGCUGUUCACCCAGGGGGCGGGGUCAGGGGAGCAGGCCAAGAUUGACAGCUGCCUGUCAGACCUUGUCAAUACUUCCAGCAAGUUCAAGGAUCUUUUACAGGAGGGUCUGACAGAGCUCAACUCCACGGCCGUGAAGCCCCAGGUCAAACCCUGGAUCAGCAGCUUCCUGUCAAUCUCCCACAACAUAGAGGAGGAGGAGUUCAGUGAGUAUGAAGCCAAUGACCCCUGGGUGCAGCAGCUCAUCAUUAACCUGGAGACACUCAUGGCUGAGUUUAAGGUCGGUCUGUCUUCGGUCAUCUACGAUACUCUGACCAGCCUGAUGACCAGCCUGGUCUCCAUGGAAAUGGAGAAGACCCUCCUCAAGUGCACCUUCAGCAGGCUGGGCGGUCUGCAGUUUGACAGGGAGCUGCGUUCUCUGGUGGCCUACCUCACCACCAUCACCACCUGGACCAUCAGAGACAAGUUUGCUCGCCUCACACAAAUGGCUACAAUCCUGAACUUGGAGAGGGUAACAGAGAUUCUGGACUACUGGGGUCCUAACUCAGGUCCUCUGACGUGGCGUCUGACACCGGCCGAGGUGCGCCAGGUUCUGGCGCUCCGUAUUGACUUCCGCAGCGAGGACAUCAAGAGGCUUCGUCUCUAACCUCCCGCCUUGGAGAUGUGUUUGUGAGCUGGUUCCCAGGGAGGGGACUCUCCCUGCUACCAUAGCAACCCUGCUCUCCCUCCUGGUGUCCCAUCUGUAGAAGGGACCAACACCUGGGUGUGUGCUCUUCUGUGCCUCCUGUAUGGGCCUGGUGCAGGACCGGGCCAGGGGCCCUCUUGGUGUUGCUAUAGCAACUGUGGGUAUUGGUUAUCAAGAAGGGUGAGGAGUUUCCAGAUGGAGGAGGAAGUGUCUGCUGUGACCCCUAGCCCCCGCUGUGACCCCUGACCCCCGCUGUGACCCCCAGCUGACUGCGUGGCCUAUUCAGGAGGCAGUCUGAUAUUAAAGGUUGUGGGGUUGUGCUGUUAGCGUACGAGCUAAGAUCCUUUAUAAGAGUGUGAAGAUCAUAGUAAUAAAUGUUGACUAUUUAAUAAAGAUCCAGCUGUUGUUUCAUAA